GUACAGCUGAGAGAAGGCUCACAAAAUUAACUCUGCUUUCUUGAACAUCACAGAUGAUUGUCUCCUGGCUCCGUCACCUUGGUUCAGUUCUUGUCGUCAGCGCUGUACUCUGUUCUUAAGGUUGCCUGCCUUUAUCUCCAAGUUGUUUAACAACUGCUAUCUCACUGAUGCGAAGAGCACCAAAGAAUGACACAAUGAAAGCAGCCUUGAACCACAAAGAUUCAUAACUAGAGGAGCAAAUGGAUGGAUCCACGAGCAGGACUGUUAGAGUGAUCUCCAAUCAAACUUAUCUUCACCUGCAGAAGGACCCUUACAGACUGCACCAACAAGCAUCUGUGACUCAGAUUUAAGAGGAGAGAGGCAAGCCGUCAUACACAUCUCAAGAUGCAGAACAUGUCUACAUAUCAGGUGGAAGUUACGUGCUCCACAGCAGGAAGGCACAAUUACAUAUUUAUUGCUGUUCCAAUAAUCUACAGCACAAUAUUUAUUAUAGGAGUCUUUGGGAACAGUCUUGUUGUUAUUGUGAUUUACUGUUACAUGAAGAUGAAGACAGUGGCCAGCAUUUUUUUAAUGAAUUUAGCUAUUGCCGAUUUAUGUUUUGUGAUCACGCUACCAUUAUGGGCAGCAUACACCGCCUUGCAUUAUAACUGGCCUUUUGGCAACUUUUUGUGCAAACUGUCUGCAGCAGCAAUCACUUUAAAUUUAUAUACCUCUGUAUUUUUACUUACAUGCCUUAGCAUUGACCGCUAUAUAGCAAUUGUCCAUCCAAUGAUAUCUCGUAUUCGACGAACAAUAAUGGUUGCUAAGAUGAUUUGUAUCUCUAUAUGGGUUAUUGCAUGUCUGGCAAGCCUACCUACUUUUAUCUAUCGUACAACAGUACCCCUCAAGAAUAACAUAACAGUGUGUGCUUUCUACUAUCCAUCCAACUCUUCUCAAACUGUUUUGAUUGGGAUGAACAUAACAAAGAAUGUUCUUGGAUUCUUUAUUCCCUUUUUGAUCAUUUUAACAAGCUACACAUUAAUUGGCAAGACACUGAAGACCACUUUCCAUGGUCAGAGAGGCAGGACCAGGAAUGACGAUAUCUUUAAGAUGAUUGUGGCCAUUGUUCUGGUUUUCUUCUUCUGUUGGCUUCCACAUCAAGUUUUUACCCUGUUGGAUAUUUUAAUUCAGAUGGAAAUAAUAGACAACUGUCAUUUUGAAGACAUUGUAGACACAGGGAUGCCUAUUACCAUUUGUAUUGCCUACUUUAACAGUUGUUUGAACCCUUUCUUGUAUGGGUUUUUUGGAAAGAAUUUUAGGAUACACUUCCUGCAACUUCUGAAAAACAUACCACCAAAACUUAGGAAACAUUCAAGUCUGAACACAAAGAUGAGUACGCUUUCAUAUCGUCCAUCUGAUAAUCACAGUGGCUCCUUAAAAAACUCAAUACAUUUAAGUGAACAUGAAUUCCACACCGGAAAUACCUAGAAUGGUGAUACCCACAAUUAAAGGAUUAAGAGUCCAGUUGACCACUGAGCUUUUGUCUCGAUUGAUGACAACUCGUGUCCAGUAUCAAAAGUCUACUACAAGUAAAACAUCAAAUGGCUGCAAAACUUCUCCUGUAUUAAGAGACUGUAUAGUUUAGUGUAUUGGAGCGUAUGGAGUGGAAAAUAAUUCUAUACACUAUGAACAAUAGCAAUACAUCACAAUCAAGCUAAAUUAAAGUAUGUGAAUCAAUUAUUGAAUGAAUGAUCGUUAGUGAAAUCCAAGUAGAAGAAGUGAAUCAGAAAUCACUUUUUGAUGCUAAUAAAUCUUCACCUUAUUGCCAUAAGCAGCAUGGUACAUAUAUAUAGUAAAAAAGAAAGGGAUGCAAAUGAGCUCUUAACAAGCUCUGCCUCUCUGCCUCCAUCUCCACUGCAUACUGCCACUGUGUGGCUGGGUCAUCUGCCUCGUCUUCCUCAUUACCCUGUAGCUUCUCCGG